AUGUGGCACAAACCCCGAGGCCACUGUGCGCAGGCGCGCACGCCCAGGGCGCAAAGGAACCCGGUGACCUCAAAAGCCUCCCGCCGUCUGCGGCGCCCCCAGCCUAGGACGCGCCCCCUGCAGCAGCCCGGCCCGGCAGACCCCAGCCCCAGAGGGCCCAAGGUCACUCGGAGCGCGCGCUCCAGGCUCCCGGCCCCAUCCUCCUCGCGACCACCCGGGCGGGCGCCGCCUCCCCACGCCCACGCCCACGCCUCCCCGUCCCGGUUCGGGGUCGGCCUCGCCCCGCCGGCACCCGGCACCACAGCGGCUGGGGCCGCCGCCGACCACAGCACUGCCCGGUGCCUUCGGCUGCAGCCGACGCAAAGGCGCUCCGGCGCUUCCCGGGAAUUCGGGUCACCCGCGCCGCGCCGCGCCGGUACCCCCCAGCCCUCCCACCACCACGCGCCCGCCUCCCCAGCUCCGCAACGCCCCCCACCCGCCCACGGUCCCGGCGGCUCCCGGCGCGCUGCGGCGCACUCACCUGGCAGCCCCGCCGCCUCUCACGCUCUCCGACCCUCGCUGAGGCGGGCACGACAUGGCCCCGCCGCCAGUCCCACGGGCUCGGACGGGGCGGGGCGGGGCCUGCGGUGCCGCCGGGCUCGCGCGCUCCGCGGGGGCCCCGCCACCCUCCCCGCCGGGAGCAGCGGGCCAGGCCGGCGCGAAGACAGGGGCUGAAUUACAUUCAAGCUGCAGCUGCGUUCAACCUGUUGCAUCUUUAUUAUGGCUGAAAUGUAUGAAGACAAUCCAGCCUCACUCACGCAUGUGGCUGCAGAAGCAGUGAGUAUCUUAAUAGUAUUUUUAGAUAAUUGUGUACUUCUUUUGCAUUACACUCAAAAUUCUUCUUUUGCAUUACACUCAAAAUUCCACAAACGGCAGUUGAAAGGGUAUCAAUGAAGUUUUCAUAUUCUGAUACAAUUAGGGUCCACUCAUCUGUCUUGCACUUGGAAUGGAUCUUCCACCCAUGUAAAAUGUAUGACACCAUGUGUGUUCAUUUGGAAAAAGACCAGUUCACUGAGCUAUGCAGAUCUUCCAAAUGUUAGCAUAUUUCAACAUGCAAUUUUUCAAAAAAUUUAUCUCAUCAAAAACAUCUGAGGCCGGCGCCGCGGCUCACUAGGCUAAUCCUCCGCCUAGCGGCGCCGGCACACCAGGUUCUAGUCCCGGUUGGGGCGCCGGAUUCUGUCCCGGUUGCCCCUCUUCCAGGCCAGCUCUCUGCUGUGUCCAGGGAGUGCAGUGGAGGAUGGCCCAGGUGCUUGGGCCCUGCACCCCAUGGGAGACCAGGAAAAGCACCUGGCUUCUGGCUCCUGCCAUCGGAUCAGCGCGGUGCGCCGGCUGCAGCGGCGGCCAUUGGAGGGUGAACCAACAGCAAAGGAAGACCUUUCUCUCUGUCUCUCCCUCUCACUGUCCACUCUGCUUGUCAAAAAAAAAAAAAAAAAAAAAAAAAAACAAAAAAAACACAUCUGAAGUAUUGGUAAGCUGUAAAGUGUCACAGUAGCAGAUACACGUUUUUCUCAAAUUCUACUUCUGGGGCAAGCAUUUGGCACAGCGAUGAAAACACACUCAGGACACCUGUAUCCUGUGUCAGUUUAAGUCCUGGCUCUGCUUCUGGCUCCAGCUUUCUGCUAACAUGCACCCUGGGAAACAGCACGUGCUGGCAUAUGUACUCGAGUCCCUGCCACGCGGGAGGGCAACUUGGACUGAGUUCCAGGCUCUGGGCUUCAGCCUGACCCAGGCCUGCUGUUGCAGGCAUUUGGGGAGUAAGCCAGCAUAUAGAAAGUCUGUCUCUAUGUUUCUCUCUGCCUUCAAAUUAAAAAAAAAAAAAAAUUUCUUCCUAAGGAUCAAAUUUUAUCAGUAGCAAAAAAUAUUUUUUUCAGAUGUUUUCCUUGAAGUGACCAGCUCACUUUGUUUUCAAAAAAACUUCUGCCAGAGAUUGGCAUUGUGGCAGAGCAGAUUAAGCUGUAGCUGGGAAGCUGGUUUCCCAUAUGGGCACCACUGGGCCUCUCCACUUCUGAUCUAGCUCCUGCUAAUGCGCCUGGGAAAGCAGCAGCAGAUGGCCCAAGUGCUGAGGCUCCUGCUGCCCACGUGGGAGACCUGGGUGGAGCUCCUGGCUCUUGGCUUCAGCCUGGCCCAACGCUGGCAGUUGUGGCCAUUUGGGGACUGAACCAGCAGAUGGAAGAUCUCUCUUUUCAAUUAAAUAAAUAAAUCUUUAAACAAAGUGAUAAAAUGUGAAAUAACCUUUUUCUCAUUCAAUUUUCUAGUACAAAAAGCAGCAAACUUUCCUUUGUAAAAGGCCAGAUAAAUAUUUUAGGUUCUGUGGGUUAUAAGGUCUCUGUUGCAACACUGAAGCAUUUAACCAAUACAGUGGGUUUUUAAAAAGUUCAAAGAUAUGGGGCCGGCGCUGUGGCGCAGUGGUUUAACACAUCCCAUAUGGGCGCCGGUUCUAGUCCUGGCUGCUCUACUUCCCAUCCAGCUCUAUGGCCUGGGAAAGCAGUAGAAGAUGGCCCAAGUCCUUGGGCCCCUGCACCCAUGUGAGAGACCCAGAAGAAGCUCCUGGCUCCUAACUUCGGAUUGGCACAGCUCCGGCCAUUGCGGCCAUCUGAGGCGUGAACCAGCGGGUGGAAGACCUCUCUCUGUCUCUACCUCUCUCUGUAACUCUGUCUUUCAAAUAAAUAAAAUAAAUCUUUAAAAAAAAAAAAGUUCAAAGAUAAAGCUUAUUAUGAAGACACUAUGCAUGGUGCAUGGAGCUAAAAAUGUUUUCAGGGUCUUUUGGGGGGGGGCAUUAAUUUUAUUUUUUUUUUAUUUUUAUUUUAGUUUUAUUAGUUUGAAAGAAAGAGGGCAAGAGAAACACCUUUUUUCCAUCAGUAGUUCAUUCCCCAAAUACAUGCAAACAGCCAGGAGCCUGCAAAAGCCCCAUCCUUUAAAAAAAAAAAAAAAGAUAAAAUGGACUUCAUCAAAAUUAAGAGCUUUCUGUGAAAGACUGGUAAGGCCAGCGCCGAGGCUCACUAUGCUAAUCCUCCGCCUCGCGGCGCCGGCACACCAGGUUUUAGUCCCGGUCGGUCGGGGCGCCGGAUUCUGUCCCGGUUGCCCCUCUUCCAGGCCAGCUCUCUGCUGUGGCCAGGGAGUGCAGUGGAGGAUGGCCCAAGUCCUUGGGCCCUGCACCCCAUGGGAGACCAGGAUAAGUACCUGGCUCCUGUCAUCGGAUCAGCGUGGUGCGCCGGCCGCAGCGGCCAUUGGAGGGUGAACCAAUGGCAAAGGAAGACCUUUCUUUCUGUCCCUCUCUCUCACUGUCCACUCUGCCUGUCAAAAAAAAAAAAGAGAGAGACUGGUAAGAGGAUAAAGACAAAUUGCAUACUAGGAUAAAAUAUUUGCAAAAUACCUAUCUGAAAAAGGACUAUUAUCUAGAAAUUGUGAAGAACUCUUAAAACCCAGUGGUGAGAAGAUUAAAAAAAAUAGAGGCCAGAUCUUGGCAGUGUUUUAUUUUUAAGAUUUAUUUGGAAGAGUUAGAGAUCUUCCAUCUGUUGAUUCACUCCCCAAAUGGCCACAAUGGCCAGGGCCGGGCCAGGUUGAAUCCAGGAGACAGGAGCUUCCUUCCAGGUCUCCCACAUGGAUAGCAGGGGCCUCAGCACUUGGGCCAUCCUCUGAUGCUUUUCUCAGGCCGUUAGCAGGGAGCUUGAUUGCAAGCGGGGUAGCCGGGACAUGAACCAGCACCUGUGUGGGAUGCCAGCGUUGCAGAGGGCGGCAUCACCCACCAUGCCACAUGAUGGCCCCAGAUCUUGGCUUCUAAUAUUGUUCUUCAGCAAGAAGAACCAGGGCUCCAUAAAGAAACAGCUGAUUUGAGAACUGGAAUAAGAAAUAUGCAAGAGCUUGGAGCAUCUUGCAGUGCCAGAAAGUAAGGAAGGGUUUUAGAGGGAGGUUUUCUUUUUUAAAAAAUAAAAUAAAAAGGCCACACAAUAAUGGCAGUAUACUCCACACCCAAGGACACAACCAACCACAGAUCAAAAAUAUUUCAGGGAUGCCAUGAAGGCUAAUAUUCAAGAUGUCACUUAAGACACCUGCAUCCCACAUCAGAAUACAGUGGGUUCAGUUCCUGCUCUGACUCCUGAUUCCACCUUCCUGCUAAUGCAGACCCUGGGAGGCAGCAGGGAUGGCUGAAGAAACUGGGUUCCUGCCACCCAUAUGGGAGACCUGGAUGGAAUUCCUGAUACCUGGCUUCAGUCCCAGCCAGGGGCUGUUGCGGGCAUUUGGGGAAGGAACUGGUGGCUAGGAGUUGUGUAUCUCUGCCUCUCAAAUAAUUACAAUAAAUUUUUAAAUUAUCUCCACCUCCACUGAACAUGUAACAUGGAUAACUUAGUGGGCUUAUGGUGCAAACACUGGGGCUCAGCGGGUUAGGCCACAGCCUGCAACACUGACAUCUUAUACUGGAGGGUCGGUUGGUGUCCCAGCGGCUCUACUUCUGAUCCAGCUCCUGGGAAAACAGUGGAAGAUGGCCCAAGUACUUGGGUCCCUGCCACCACAUGGGAGACGCAGAUGAAACUCCUGGCUACAGCUUGGCACAGCCUCUGCCAAUGUGGCCAUUUCGGGGAGUGAACCAGUGAAUGGAAGAUAAUUCUCACAGUGUGUGUAUGUAUGUGCUUCCUCUCUCUGAAACUCUGCCUUUCAAGUAAAUAAAUAACAUUAAGAAGAAAAACAAGACCGGCACUGUGGUAUAGCAAGUUAAGCCGCUGCCUAGAAUGCCAGUUUAUGUCCCGGCUACUCCACCUCUGAUCCAGCUCACUAGUAAUGCACCUGGGAAAACAGCAGAAUAUGGCCCAGGUACUUGGUCCCUGCCACCUACCUGGGAGACCUGGAUGAAGCUCCUGGCUCCUGGCUUCUACCUGGUCUAGCCCUGGUGGUUGCAGCCAUUUGGGGAGUUAACCAGCAGGUAGAAGAUCUUUCUCCUUCUCCUCCUCUCUGUAACUCUGCCUUUCAAAUAAACAAAUAAAUUAAAAAAAAAAAAAAAA